AUGGCCCCUUCAAGAGGUGUAGCUCACGUACAGUCGCUACAAGACGAAGGAGAAGUGGCAGUGCAACAACAAUCAAAAUCAGCUCUCAAGAACGCAAAACGCAACCUGGAUUACCUCAUCUCGCCUACAGCCGAGAAACCGGCGCGGUUGCGGACGAGAGCUCUGUUGCGAACGUUCAGAUUCAUCGGUCAAUUCAUCAUCUGGCGACUGGUGAGAUGGGCCAAGUAUGUGGCGGUUGGGGCAUUGGUGGCCGCGGUUGGAGCGACUGCUAUCGGCGGUGCCAUCUCUGGAGUCGCCUGGCUGGCAGCUCCCCCUACCUUUGGAGCUAGUAUUAUCGCCGCCUCUAUCUGGGGUGUUGGGAAAUACGCCGCUCGUCGUUUGCACAAGAAAUGGCAGAAAGAGGGAGGAGAGGCCGGGGAGGCCAUCAGAGAGCGAGUCGAGGAUGCUCGAGACAUUCGAGGGGACGGAUCGUAUGGCCUCGAUAUGGGACCAAGAGCGGCGCCUUGGUGA